GGUGGGAGGAGCGGCGAGGGGGCGGAGGCUGAGCGGCAAGAGAGCGGCGCCUGGCCGGAGGAGGCGACGCGGGAGCAGGCUGAGGCGGCGGCCGGGACGAGCGCCCUGAGGUGGCGGCCGCGGCCCCAUGGGCGGGUGCGUGGGCGCCCAGCACGACUCCUCGGGCAGCCUCAACGAGAACUCGGACGGCACGGGAGUUGCUCUAGGUCGUAACCAGCCUUUGAAAAAGGAGAAACCAAAAUGGAAAAGCGACUAUCCAAUGACAGAUGGACAACUGCGCAGCAAGAGGGAUGAAUUCUGGGACACUGCACCAGCUUUUGAAGGCCGGAAAGAGAUCUGGGAUGCCUUGAAGGCUGCUGCACAUGCUUUUGAAAGCAAUGAUCAUGAACUGGCACAGGCAAUCAUUGACGGUGCAAACAUAACACUACCACACGGUGCACUGACAGAGUGCUACGAUGAGCUGGGGAACCGAUACCAGCUGCCAGUCUAUUGCCUGGCACCACCAAUCAACAUGAUAGAGGAAAAGAGUGACAUUGAGACUCUGGAUAUUCCUGAGCCACCUCCCAAUUCUGGACACGAAUCUCAGCUCCGUCUGCGGCUCUCCACAGGCAAAGACCUCAAGCUUGUGGUCCGCAGCACAGACACGGUGUUUCACAUGAAGAGGCGUUUACAUGCCGCAGAGGGUGUGGAGCCAGGCAGCCAGCGGUGGUUCUUCUCUGGCAGGCCUCUCACGGAUAAGAUGAAGCUGGAGGAGCUGAAGAUCCCCAAGGACUAUGUGGUGCAGGUUAUAGUGAGCCAGCCUGUGCAAAACCCAACCCCAGUGGAGAACUGAGCUGGGCUUGCCUUCUUCAAGAUCCCUUGGCUCCUUUUUAUUGUUAUCAUUUCCUAUUCUAAGGCGUGAAAUUUAUUUUCACUGCUCUGAAUUCCCUAUGAAUGGAUUUAGUUCUGAGGAAUUACUAGUGAAAAAUUCCAUCUGUGAUGGAGACCAACAAAAAUAAUAAAACACACAGAGCCAGCCUCUGGUACUCUUAUAAUUACAAUUUCUAAUUUGAAAAACAGUUAAGAAAUAGAUAACCAUUUAUUUUAAAACAUUUAUCAACUGUGUAAUGGCUGUAUUUAAAUGAUUUCGAAUGUAAACAGACACCAGACCCAUCAAAAACAGCACCAAGCACCUUUUGGACACAGAAUUUUUUAUGACAUAUAUGUCAAUUUUUUUUUUCCAGAACCAUCCAUAACAGUUACAGAAACUUAA